UCCUUUUCUCGUUUAAAAAGUGAUUUUUAUAAUUUGCAGCUUUUUAUCAAUUUCUGCGGAUUAUUGUGCUAAAUUUUGGUGUGGUUGACUUGAUGCGGAUCUUGAUUAAGCGAUUUAAUUGAUUUGGGGAUUUUGAGGAGGUGGGUCCCAUUUUAUCUGCAAAGAAUGUUACAGGAGUUGAAUUUAUAGCUGCACACUCGAUUUAGCGGAUCUGCUAAUGCUUCCUGUUGAAGUUCAUUUCAUGUUCUUGUAAUUGCGUUCUUUCAAUUUGUGUUAUUUGUUGUACCUCGAUAAAAGUGCGUUUCUUGAAUCUAGUUUGUUUGGAUAAAAAAUAAUUCUUGAAUCUUGUUUGUUUGUACCUGGGUAAUUUACAAAGCUGCUAAUCACGUCUUAAUUAAUUUCAUGUUGCUGGUCUUAGAGCUUCCUUGUUUUUCUUUAAAAAGUUGAAGAAUUACGUGCUAUUAUCUUGGGGAAGUUGAACGCUCAUCUGGAAACCAGAUAAGAGAAGAAAAGGAAAGUCAAGCAGAGAAAACUGAAUUUGCAAGGAUAUAUGAAUAUUUUACCUGAAGCUGCUUUGCUUUUAGAUGUGUAAGUAGAAUGAUGUGCUCAGUGGUUGCGGUAUCAUGAAGUUUUGGUAGGGAAUAUUUGGAUAUUAUGCAGCAAUUUUUCUGCUUCCAUAAAAGGUUGACUGGACAUUUCUGAAGGCUCGUGGUUUCAGUUGUGUCUUUUUGCUCGAUUGCGAGUCAUAUGUAGUAGUGGGUUGAAAGUUGAAACUUAGCUGGUAGUUUCUACUGUGGUUCUCAGAUGGAUGACAGCGGACAUCGUGAAAAUGGAAGGCAUAAACCGCCUCUGGGUCAGGUAUUUGGUAGCCAUUAAUCUCUGCACAUUAAGUAACUGGCCAUAUGCAGUUUCUGCUUGUUGAAAAGAAAUUUGGCUCUUUCUGAAAAAAAGGUUGCGUUGGCAGAGCGAGAUAUGGCUAUCCUACAACGAGAUCAAGCAAUAGCAGAACGAAACAAUGCCAUAAUAGAACGAGACAACGCUAUUGCUACCCUUCAGUAUCGGGAAAAUGCCAUGAGCUGUGGUAAUAUUUCGCACUGCCCACCAGGAUGCCAAAUUGCACAUGGGGUGAAACACAUACACCAUCCUCAACAGCAUGUACACCAUCAGUCUAACAUGGGGGAAGCUCCAUACAGUACGGGGGAAUCUCACCUGCCUGACACCGUUCCAGCGUCCCCAGUUGCUCCUGAGCCUGAAAAAUCCCGUCGUACGAAACGUACAAAGGAGCCAAAGGCUACCACCUCCGUAAAGAAGACGUCAAAAUCCUUGAAGAAGGUUAAACAAGAUGGUGAGGACCUGAACGAAACGAUAUUUGGGAAAUCACAGGACUGGAAAAAUGAGCAAGAUAUUGAUGUUGACACUGAUGACCUUAAUGGGCAAAUGGUUGUAUUGAAACCAAAUUGGAAAGAUCAAGACCUGGGGCUGAACCAGGUUUCAUUUGAUGAGUCGACCAUGCCAGUGCCCAUCUGCUCGUGUACUGGGGUUCUAAGGCCUUGUUAUAGGUGGGGAAACGGAGGUUGGCAAUCUUCAUGUUGUACAACCACUUUGUCAAUGUAUCCACUGCCAGCAGUGCCUAACAAGCGCCAUAGUCGAGUUGGUGGUCGGAAAAUGAGUGGAGGUGCGUUUAACAAGCUGCUCAGUCGACUUGCUGGAGAAGGUCAUGAUCUGUCGAAUCCAGUUGAUCUUAAAGAUCACUGGGCAAAGCAUGGCACAAAUCGCUACAUCACCAUCAAAUAAAUAUCUGAUAUUGUUGGGCCUGAAGGAGGAUAAUUCAUGGGGAAAACAUCUAUUGAUUAUGAUGAUGCACGUCUGAGGAGGAUUCAUCGGCUUGCCAAGCUAAGUAAGGAUAGUACCAUAAAUCUUCAUCUCUCUCAAUUAUCAUUCAGAAUUAACAGGUUUGCUCCCUUGAAAUCUUCUUCUUUAUUUUAUUUUCCUUUCUUAUCAUUUAAAAUGUGUAGACCUUAAUUGAAGAGCGAUGAGACAGUCGUUAUGUUUGUCUUACAGUGGGAUGUGUUAUGGUGAAUUUGAAUCCUGUGUUCAUGUAACUGGAUAUAAUUGUAAAAUAGGGUUGCAUGAUCAAUAUACGUUGUUGUAGUUGAACUAGUCAUAGAUGUUAAUUUGCAACAAUAAGGUAUGUUCAU